UCCAUACCUAUAGUACAUGUUGCCAAUAUCGCAGACUGUGAGAACCUGAAUAGAACCGGCUCAAUCCUGACCGCAAGCCUACCUAACCAUGGCAUCCAACGCCCCAUCUACACCGUCCCAUACAUCCACAACAACAACAACAUCACCACAAACAUCACCACCCAAAUCCCAACCCCUCCACCUGAGCGCCAACUUCGCCUCCCCGCAAUCCCACCAAAUCGACUACGACCAUGAAGUCUACCUGCGCCUGAUCGCCGGCGAGAACCCGAAGGACAGCACACAAAUCACGAAGACGCCGAAUCAGAUCUAUCGCGAGAAGCUCGUUCGGAGGCAAACGACUCGCGCCUUGGAUUUGGCGGUUCUGGAUCCGUCGGUGGGGCAGCAGAAUCCGAGUCCGGUGGAUUUGGAGUGGGCGGAGAGUCAGAGGGUGAGGGAUCGGUUGGUGGGGAGUUAGGGUUGGGGGUUGUAUAGAUCUGGGGAAAGGGAGAUGAAUCCGGGGGAAAGAGUAUACAUAAUGAGACGUCGUGAUUGUUUUUCAUCAGCCUAGCUCUUUUUGUCUCUCCUCUUCACCCCCCUUCUGCUGUAUGGAAUGAAAA